UCCUCGCAUGGGUCUCUGUGCUUUGCCUGGACAUGUUCUCUCACAACUGAUGACGAUAGAGUUGAUCUUGCCUUUUGUAAGUUAAAUAACCAAAACUCACUCACUCUCAUCAGUCCAUUUCAUAACGUACAAAUAAAAAAAGCCCUAUUUCUAAUUUGGAAAAAGUGCUUAAAAGUCGCUGUCAAGGGGGCGCACGUGAAGGCACCAUCGCCCAGCCUUCAGCCCUCUCCUGAGGCUUACAUAAUAAAUGCAGAGCCGCCCACUCUGUCCUCCUGCGAAUAAUAGGCCUCCAACCGAAACUGCAAAACAGUCUCAAGUGUGAAGGAGCAAGCGCUAACAUCCUCAUCUACUCACUUGAUGCACCACGCUUCGAAAGGAAUAACCCAAGAAGAUGAUUUUCGACAAGUUGAAAAAGUUGGACAUUGUCUUCGACUCCCCGGACGUGGACUGUCCUCCCGUGUACAGCAGCGGAGACGUUGUCUCUGGCCGAGUGGUGCUGGAGCUCACCCGGGAGACUCGCGUGGACUCCCUGAAGCUCCACGCAGAAGGUUUCGCUAAAGUGCACUGGACCGAGUCCCGUUCCGCAGGCUCCAGCACCGCCUACACCCAGAACUACAGCGACGAAGUGGAGUACUUGAACCGGAGAGAGGUGCUGCUGCAGGCAGAUAACGGAGAAGUGACCGUCCUUCCUGCGGGCAGACAUGAAUUCCCGUUCAGCUUCCAGCUUCCAGAGGAGACACUGGUCACCUCCUUUGAAGGGAAACACGGCAGCAUUCGUUACUGGGUCAAAGUGAAGCUCCACAGACCGUGGGCCACCGUCAAGAAGAUCAAGAAGGAGUUUACAGUCAUUGAGCCCAUUGACAUAAACACACCAGCGCUGCUGGCACCACAGGCCGGAACGAAGGAUAAGAUGGCACGCACGUGGUACCGCAACUUUGGACAAGUGUCUGUUACUGCAAAGAUUGACCGCAAAGGUUAUACACCAGGCGAGGUUAUACCCGUUUUUGCAGAGUUUGACAAUUCCACUUCACGGUCCAUCAUACCCAAAGCCUACAUCACUCAGACUCAGACGUUCAUCGCACGUGGCACCAUGAAGCAGAAGCGCUCCGUGGUGGCUACACUGUGCGGCGAUGUGGUGGGCGCCAGGUGCAGAGAGACCUGGCACGGACGGGCAAUCAAGAUCCCACCUGUGGGUCCAUCCAUCCUGCAGUGCCGCAUCAUCAAAGUAGAAUACAUGCUCAAGGUGUGUGUCGAUGUCCCGGGGACCUCCAAGCUGUUUCUUGAGCUGCCCCUGGUCAUAGGUACCAUCCCUCUCCAUCCUUUUGGAAGCAGGACCUCAAGCGUCAGCAGCCAGUACAGUGUCAAUCUGGAGUGGCUGCGUAUGGCCAUCCCCGAGCAGCCCGAGCCUCCUCCAGAGUACAGCUCUGUGGUGGCGGAGGGGGAGGCCGAGCAGUGCAGCAACACGGCGGCCCCUCAGCCGGUCGACGAUCUGAGUGGGAUCCUCGAGCGGCCCCUCAUGGCUUUUGUGCAGGAGUUCCGCUUCCGACCGCCGCCUGUGUACAGUGAGAUUGACCCCAACCCUCAGCCCUCCAACAUGAGGCCUCGCUGCAUGACAUGCUGAACUGCAAGAUGCUGCCUGAGUGUCGAGCGACUUAAACGAAUCCUAUGAAGCUUUGUCUUCUCUGAUUGGUCCUCUUUGAAAAGCGGCACCUGGAUGUUACCGGUGUCGCUGAGAGACUGCGGUGAGCGCCGCCGCGAUAGCCGGCGUCAACGCUGCCGGGGGGCUAAAAGACGGCGGAGGAGCCCCUCGCUUUGUUUCCGGUCUGCACGUGGACUCUUUGCGGUUCUGCUGAGAUGGAAGCAGCGGCUCUACAUCAGAGAACUCUGGCUCCUGAUGACAAGAGCUGCAAGCACCUCCCAAUCAACAAUCCCCUCACCUGACAGUGAGAUUUAAGGAUUUUUGCACCCGUUGGGGAAUAUGGGAUAUCACUUGGUGCCCACUGAUGUCAAGUGCCUUGUUGUUAAUUGACAUGUUUACGAUCGAUCGCACUGUCAUCUUUUAAUGGUGUAAAGAGAGAAGUGCAAUUAUUGAUCAGUUUCUACGUCCCUUUUAACAGGCUACACAACAGAAGCUAAUCGGUCAUAUUGCUUUAUUUGAAUGCCUGUGGUGAUUUUGACUAUCAAGCACAUACUGUAAAUGAUCGAGUACUAGUGAAUGGAGCAGACACGUCGAAUAAGCCACACAGAGAUGCGUUUUAUGCAUGCAGCCAGCAGUAUGUAAAAGGGAAAAUACAUAUGCCUUAAAGUCUGCUAACGGAAGGUUUCAGGAAGUGGUUGUGAAGGAAAAUGGAGCAAAAACAGUUGCACUGUGUCACAUUUUUGUUGUGUUCACGCAGUUUGGAAGCGUCCGUCUGUGGAUGCUGAUUUGUGUUAGUACAUCGCUGAAACAAAAUGAGCUGUUUGUGUGUAAAAUUCGCACGAGUCUCACAGAUAAGCUCCCCCGUGCGCUAAUGGGAGCCAGAUGCCUUGUCGGUCUGAGCCGCCUUGAAGGGAAGCUCGACCAAGACAACACUUACAACGAGCUUUAAGCUGAAGAUGCCUCUGGAGUUUACACAUCAAGAACAUUCCAAAAAAACGACUCUGGGAUUAUCUAUUUCCUCAACUUCCAAAAUAAUAAUGGGUAAUGUGUAGGAAAGAAGUCUUCAGGGUCAGCUGUGUGACGUUGUUGGGGGAAAAAAAAGUAUUUUUAUACAAAUGCAAUGUUAGUUUACAAUCUUGCCAAAGGUUUUUCUUAAAUAAACAAUACGGAAUUGA